GUGCCGGCUCUCCGGAAGUGCCAGACUAGCUGAAGGAGUAGCGGCUUUCUCGAGCGCUGUACCUGGUGGGUUGUUAAUUCUAGGGUCCUAGUGACAGUGCAAGAGCAGGGUUGGAGCCGAACGUCGAGUUUGAGCGGCGGGAUGAUGGAGGAGGAGGAACUGGAGUUCGUGGAGGAGCUGGAGGCUGUGCUACAGCUCACGCCUGAGGUGCAACUAGCCAUAGAGCAGGUAUUUCCAAGCCAAGAUCCUCUCGAUCAAGCUGACUUCAAUGCUGUUGAGUAUAUCAAUACUCUGUUCCCAACAGAGCAAUCUCUGGCAAACAUAGAUGAUGUCGUGAACAAAAUUAGACUGAAAAUAAGGAGACUGGAUGACAAUAUCCGUACUGUCGUAAGAGGUCAAACAAAUGUGGGGCAGGAUGGAAGGCAAGCACUCGAAGAAGCCCAGAAAGCCAUUCAACAGCUCUUUGGCAAAAUCAAGGAUAUCAAAGACAAAGCAGAAAAGUCAGAACAAAUGGUGAAGGAAAUCACCCGAGAUAUUAAGCAGUUAGACCAUGCCAAGCGCCACCUGACCACCUCAAUCACGACACUGAACCACCUGCACAUGCUGGCUGGUGGGGUUGAUUCCCUGGAAGCCAUGACCAGGCGCAGACAGUACGGAGAAGUUGCUAAUCUCCUUCAGGGCGUAAUGAAUGUUCUGGAGCACUUUCACAAAUACAUGGGAAUCCCACAGAUCCGACAACUUUCUGAAAGGGUGAAGGCUGCACAAACCGAGUUAGGACAGCAGAUCCUGGCUGAUUUUGAAGAGGCGUUUCCUUCGCAGGGUACCAAGAGGCCAGGAGGACCCAGCAAUGUCCUGAGGGAUGCAUGCCUGGUGGCUAAUAUUUUGGACCCCAGAAUCAAACAGGAAAUCAUCAAAAAGUUUAUUAAACAGCAUCUAUCAGAGUAUCUAGUACUUUUUCAAGAAAACCAAGAUGUUGCCUGGCUGGACAAAAUUGACAGACGUUAUGCCUGGGUGAAGCGCCAGCUUGUGGACUAUGAGGAGAAGUAUGGACGGAUGUUUCCACGGGAGUGGUACAUGACAGAGAGGAUCUCAGUAGAAUUCUGCCACGUGACAAGGACAGAACUUUCCAAAAUCAUGCGAGCCAGAGCUAAGGAAAUUGAAGUGAAAUUGCUUCUUUUUGCGAUUCAGAGAACAACUAACUUUGAGGGGUUUCUUGCAAAACGCUUUUCCGGUUGUACCCUGUCAGACGGAACCCUGAAAAAGCUGGAGUCCCCACCACCAUCUACCAAUCCCUUCCUGGAAGAGGAGACAACACCAGAGAUGGAGGAGCUGGAGAAAGGGGAGUUAGAACAACCAAAGAAGCCCAAAGCUCCAGACAAUCCAUUUCAUGGCAUUGUUUCCAAGUGUUUUGAGCCUCAUCUCUACGUGUACAUUGAAUCCCAGGACAAAAACCUCAGUGAGCUGAUAGACCGGUUUGUGGCAGAUUUCAAAGCCCAGGGCCCACCGAAGCCUAACACUGAUGAAGUGGGUGCUGUACUCCCUAGCUGCGCGGACCUCUUUGUCUACUACAAGAAGUGCAUGGUGCAGUGCUCACAGCUCAGCACUGGGGAGCCCAUGAUCGCCCUGACUACCAUCUUCCAGAAGUACCUCCGAGAAUAUGCCUGGAAAAUUCUCUCUGGCAACCUCCCUAAGACCAGCAGCAGUAGCGGGGGACUGACCAUCAGCAGCCUCCUCAAAGAGAAGGAGGGCUCGGAAGUGGCCAGGUUCACUCUGGAGGAGCUGUGCCUCAUCUGCAGCAUCCUCAGCACAGCCGAGUACUGUCUGGCUACCACCCAGCAGCUAGAAGAAAAACUCAAAGAAAAAGUUGAUGUAAGUCUGACUGAACGAAUUAAUCUCACGGGAGAAAUGGACACAUUCAGCACCGUCAUCUCCAGCAGCAUCCAGCUGUUGGUUCAGGAUUUGGAUGCAGCCUGUGAUCCUGCCCUGAUUGCCAUGAGCAAGAUGCCAUGGCAGAAUGUGGAACAUGUUGGUGACCAGAGCCCUUAUGUCACUUCUGUUAUUCUUCACAUUAAGCAGAAUGUCCCCAUCAUUCGUGACAACCUGGCUUCCACACGAAAAUACUUCACACAGUUCUGCAUUAAAUUUGCAAACUCAUUCAUCCCCAAAUUCAUCACCCAUCUCUUCAAAUGCAAGCCAAUCAGCAUGGUGGGAGCAGAGCAGCUGCUGCUGGACACCCAUUCCCUGAAGAUGGUCCUGCUGGAUCUCCCAUCCAUCGGCUCCCAGGUGGUGAGGAAGGCGCCUGCCAGUUACACUAAGAUUGUCGUGAAAGGCAUGACCCGGGCUGAAAUGAUCCUCAAGGUGGUGAUGGCCCCUCAUGAACCAUUGGUGGUAUUUGUUGACAACUACAUCAAACUCCUUACGGAUUGCAACACAGAAACCUUCCAGAAAAUACUGGACAUGAAGGGGCUGAAGAGGAGCGAGCAGAGCAGCAUGCUGGAACUUUUCCGGCAGAGGCUCCCUGCCCCACCCUCAGGGACAGAAAGUUCAAGCACACUGUCCCUAAUGGCUCCAACACCAGAGCAGGAAUCGUCCCGCAUCCGCAAACUUGAGAAACUGAUUAAAAAGAGACUGUAAGGAAUAUGCAGACACUGCCAGGGACCCUGAGCAACUGAUUUCUGGAAACACUCACUCUCAGGUCCUCCGUCUUCAAACCUCUGGGGUAUUACGGUUAUUAAAGUCUCUCUCCCAUACCCUGUCUUAUUCUCUAUGCCAGUUAGAGAAACUGAGUGAAACUGGGCUAUAAAAAGGCAUUUUUAGAUUAUUUCCCAUUCCUGAAGCUGGAGCAGCAUUGGGUGAAAGGUCCAUGUGGUUCACUUCUGUCUUCAGGCUGCCUAUGAUGGUUGAGUUGUCACUGACUCCUGUCACCUCACCACAUAGCAUGGAGCUAUGUGCCUGCAGCUUGACUGAGAAAGCCUGGAUCGGAUCUCACCCCUUCCUUCCUCUGUAUUUGAGGUCAAAGCCUCUGCAACCAGGGGUGCCUUCCCCCUCCUUGUCUCUGGAAUGGACUUGGGGCCUGAGUGAACCAAAUGGCAGAUGACAGAGUGGGAUACUAGCCUCUCUUUGUCAGGACCCUGCCAGGAUUGGCACGCCUUAUGUUAAUUGCCGCUUUCUAGGACUUAAAUCUACGUCUUCCAUGAUAUGACCAAAUUAUCCCCGUGUUCUCCCACAUCUAUGUACUCCCCGAAAGACAGAUGCCCUCUGCUUCUAUUGCACAUUGAGGAGGCAGACUGUGGAUGCUGGUGUGCCCAGCCUUGGCAGCAGGUAUCUGGCCUGUGAUGGGCUCUUGAGCUGGUGUGGAGGCAGACCUAGAGCUGACUUAGAGACAGAGCUCUCCCUGCUCACUUGAAUACAUUGUGCAGCCCACUUUCCUUUGCCCCUGGGUCCUAGGGAGGGGACUGUCUUCUGAGAAGACUGUCUUCUGAAGUUCCCUUGGAAGGGCUUUCUCUGACUCUCUUGGCAGAAGCGAUGGGAAGAAAGACACAGUCAGUCUGACUGCCUGAUUCCCCACUCCAUCGUAUAUUUCAAGUCUAGAGUACUUCCCAUAGUCCUUGAGACUCGGUGGCCGUGUGUAGCAUCACACAGGCACAUCAUUACUACUACCGAGAAAAGCCACCUAGGAAUGUGAUGACUGACCUUGCACCCCAAGCUCAGAACCUGCAACAGCCCAGAGCGUAGCGCAACCCUGUUCUGCCCAUGCUGCCUACUACCAGCUCUUGAAAUGAAGCUCUGCAGGGGAGAAUGGGGAUCUUACCAGGGCAGACAUCACCCUGCUCUCUCAGCUCUUUUGAAACCAAGGCUGGAUUACAUGACCACUGCCUCAGUGUCACCUUUAGUGACCACUUUUGGCAGGUAUAAACUUGUCAGCCAGUAGGACAGUAAAAUCUGCAUCCUUGAAUUGAUCCCAGAUCCCAGUGCCAAUCCUUCCAUCGCCACCAUAGGAAAAAAAAACUAAUCUGGUUAUUUCUGGAUACCCAAAAUACUCAGCUUGGUCCUGGGCCCUAUGUCUCUCUUUCUCUUUUCUUUUCUUUCUUUUUUUUUUUUGUUCUUUUGACCAUUAAACUACCCCCCAGCCCUAGAGCCUCAUUUCUUCAUCAGUGUCUAAACUAUUCUUGCUAGUCAGUGUAACUCAUGUGUUGAGCACUUUGAAAUUCUAAAGAGAAAGAAACAAGUGGCAAGAAAGGUGUGUUGCCCUGGUCAGGAUGCAUCAUAACUUAGACAAGCACAGCUCACUGGUGCUCAGGAGUGGCACUCCUCUGUGCUGCUCUGUGGGCCUGGCAGUUCUGUGGCUUGCCCUAUUUUGGAAAGAAGACAUCAGUCUGUCUCCAAACAGCACAGCCAAUUCAGCCACCUGCCACCCACCUAGAAGAGCUGAGGAAGCCAGUAGGCUCCUCCCACACCUGACUACUGUCACCAUGUUCACACGGCUUAUUACACUUCUCUUUCUGGUUCAUUCAUGAGAGGCUGGUUUUCUAGCCAUCUCUGUGGAUGGCAUUGAGACAUCCAGCUGCUGUUUCUCCCAGCAAAGUUACUUCCUUGAUGUAUUACACUGUCAGCAAUCACCAAGGAGCCGUCAGAUAGAUGUCAGUAGAAGUUAUGUUAAAUGUCUUCUUGAUGAGGACUGAAUACAGUGUGUUCUCUACAGACAGCCUAUUCCUCACCUGGGGAAUGCAUUAGAGUCCCCUGGGGGCCCUUUGAAAACUGCAGAUGUCUGGAGGCUUAGCUCUGUAAGUCUGCAAUGAGGCCUCGUGUAUAUAUGUUUAAAAGCUGUCAGUAUCCACGGGAGACUGAUUCCAGGACCACACACACCCCAUGCAGAUGCUCUGUCCCUUCUACAAAUGGCAGUGUAUGUAAAUAAUCUAAGCAUAUCCUCUCGUUGACACUAAAUAUCUCUAGAGUAUGCAUAAUACCUCAUGUGAUGUAAAUACUACAUAAGUAGUUGGGUUGUUUUGGGCAGAUUUAUUGUUUUUGGGUUUUGGUAGUGGUUUUAUUUUGUUUUUAAGACAGAGUUUCAGUCACUAUGUGGUCCAGUCUGACCUUGAACUCAUAACCCAGACUGGCCUCCCAACUGCUGGCAGUAUAGGUAUGCACUGCCAUACGUUGAAAUAGUUGUUACUCUGUGGAUGGCUUAGGGACUAAUCACAAUCGAGAAACUAGUCUGUAUGUGUUCAAACAGGUUUUUUUUUUCCCUCCGAAAUAUUUGUGACUACCUUUGGUUGAAACCACAGAUGCAUGACCUGUAGAUACAGAGGACCAACUGUAGAAUGCUUACUCCCUGCUAUCAGACCUUGCAUUGAAAAGAGAAAGGACUUUUUAAAAGGAGUCUUCUAACCCAUCUUCAUAAAUGUGUGUUUCUAUGGUUGUCUAACCCAAGGCUGGAAGGCAGAAACAAGCAGACCUCUGAGUUAGAGGCCAGCUGGGUCUACAUCGUGAUUUCCAGGCAAGCCAAGGCUACACAGUGAGAUUCUAUCAAAGAAAAACAAGACAACAACAACAAAAAAAGUGAAAAGUUCUUUGCAACUCUUUUGUUAGGACAGGUAGCUGACUUAGAGGGGCCAGACUUGAGAAAGUUUUGUUUAGACUAUAUCUGCAAAGCCGGAGCCACAAAGAACCUCUGGUCUCUUGUAGAGCCUUACAGGUUCGAGGCCUUGGGCAGAACAAAGAGUCAACACCAAGACUCUGCCCAGCACCCAGAAAGGUGCCUGCUUUGAACACAUUUCAAGUGCUCUAAGGUGCAGAUCAAGCGACUGAGCUCAGAGAGCACAGGUCCUGGCUGCUGCUUGGCGUGGAGGCAUUACACAGCCCCAUCCUGAGUUGCUGCUGGACAAGGAAGCCUGGCUCCCUGUUUACAGAAGGCUAAAGGAAGUGCCAGAAGUGCGCAGCUGGAAAUGCCAUUCCUCUCCCUAGGAAGAAAAGUCUCAAAAUAACCUUAGCUUGCUUGAGGGGGAAGGCAAGUUCCACACUUAUUGUCUACUCCAAGUUGGAUUCCCAAAAAUAAAACUUUUAGGACUAACUACAUUGGGCCAUUUAACCGUUAGUCUUGGAAACAGACUCGUGAAGAACCAGCAGACAUGGAGAGAAUCGUUACAUUUUACAUAUGAAAUAAAAAUUUCCAGGCCCAUCCUAACUGUCCAUCAGCAAAGCCUGUUGGACCCACAGAGUUCCUCACCUUUGGGAGAUGUAAAUUUCUUUCAAAUAAAAGAAUCAUUCUUUGGUGUGUC